GUCCAAGACCCGACGCGCCGCAACGUAAGCCAAAUCCUUGAUCUGCUUGUUGCAGGUGUCCCACGAGUUUAAAUACUGCCACUUGUAUCCCUGUCCAUCUCUUCCACAUCCAUCGUAUUUUGCUUUCCACAUCUACCAUCUAACUUGUGCACCAUCCUCGCCCAGUCCACAAGCUAUUUCAAGCAUUUUCAGUCAUUGAAUAUGGACCAACAUGCGAAUCAAAUUGACCAAAGUGGGAUCGCAGGCCUGCCCCACCCCCAGCUUCCACCCCACCCUCACCCUCAGCUUCCGCCCCACCCUCACCCUCAGCUUCCACCCCACCAUUAUCCUCAGCUUCCACCCCACCAUUAUCCUCAGCUUCCACCCCACCCCCACCCUCUACCCCAGCACCAGCGCUUUGGACUUUACCAUCCUAUAUACCCAUGUCAGCUCAUUGCACCUGUGCCGGCUUCCACAGCCUACGGAAUUGCGAAUACGGUGUCUAGUGCUGGCGUGCCUCGCGUCAUGCAACAUAUGAUGUGGCCCAUAGGUGUUCCCCUUCCAUUUCCAACCCAAUUCCCCCAGCCUCAUAUGGUCUCGGGGCCACCGUACGGCUACUCCUUCCUUCCUCCCCUACCUUAUGGCGCGUAUGCCCCUGGCCCCCAGGCUGUGGGCGUAGCGCAGUAUCACUACCAAUCCGUACCCUCUACGGUACAAUCCAUCGAUGUCCAACACCUCGAGCAGGGACCCAUGCAGCAAGCGCGAGUAGGGAAGCGCAAGGCGGUGGAUGAUGAUGCCGUCGGACGAGAGACUCGUACGAAACGCCCACGAGUGUACCAUGGUAUACCUCCCGACUUUACACCGGUCUUGGAGGAUGGCGAGGUCAAGUAUAAAUGUUCCCGUCCGCAGUGUGCAGGCGUACGUCCGAUGAAAAAAGGCAGCAUACGGAAUCAUAUCGGAGGAUCGAAUACGCACAAUGAGAGCGACGGUCAAUUUACAUGCUCAUUUUGUGAUGGCGAUUAUAGUCGCUCAGACUCUUUGAACCGUCAUUUGAAGACUUGUCCCAAAGGGCCUGCCGCUGUUGGACCUGAAACUAACGACUCGCCUUCGGGAGACGAUUUAUUGGAAGAAUUUGCAAAUAGUGUGGACUGGGAAUAGAUUCCAGGAUGUGACAAUCAUGCAACCGUGUAUCUAUAGACUUGUACAACACACCAAUGCAUUCAUAAGCAGCCCA